AAAGACUACUGGUCGCCGCUGCUGCCUCCUCGAACUGUCCCUGCGGCACUCCUGCACUGGCGGAACAGCCGCACUGAGCUCCAGCGGCCCGCGCAUUCCCAGCCUCCGCCCUGGCGCGGGGGCGUAGGGCCCGCGCUUGCGCAGCGCAAGAGGGGCGCGAGCAGGGACCCCCCGGACCAGCGCGUGCGCGAACCGAGCAUUGGACGGUGGGCAGGCGCAGGGAUGAGCCUCUCUCCACUGCAGCCCCACUGAGGAGGCUGGGGCUUAAGAGCACGGGCUGCCCACGCCGGGCUGGGCCAUGGCGUUCCUGGCCGGGCCGCGCCUUCUGGACUGGGCCAGCUCACCGCCGCACCUGCAGUUCAACAAGUUCGUGUUGACCGGCUACCGGCCAGCCAGCAGCGGCUCCGGCUGCCUGCGCAGCCUCUUCUACCUGCACAAUGAGUUGGGCAACAUCUACACGCAUGGGCUGGCCCUGCUGGGCUUCCUGGUGCUGCUGCCAAUGACCAUGCCCUGGGGUCAGCUGGGCAAGGAUGGCUGGCUGGGAGGCACACACUGUGUGGCCUGCCUGGCACCACCUGCAGGCUCUGUGCUCUACCAUCUCUUCAUGUGCCACCAAGGGGGCAGCCCUGUGUACACUCGGCUCCUUGCCCUGGAUAUGUGUGGGGUCUGCCUCGUCAACACCCUCGGGGCCCUGCCCAUCAUCCACUGCACCCUGGCCUGCAGGCCCUGGCUGCGCCCAGCUGCUCUGGUGGGCUACACCAUGCUGUCAGGUGUGGCUGGCUGGAGGGCCCUCACCGCCCCCUCCACCAGUGCCCGACUCCGAGCUUUUGGUUGGCAGGCUGGUGCCCGCCUCCUGGUGUUUGGGGCCCGGGGAGUGGGACUGGGCUCUGGAGCUCCAGGCUCCCUGCCCUGCUACCUUCGCAUGGAUGCCCUAGCACUGCUUGGGGGACUAGUGAAUGUGGCCCGUCUGCCAGAACGCUGGGGACCAGGCCGCUUCGACUACUGGGGCAACUCACACCAGAUCAUGCACCUGCUCAGUGUGGGCUCCAUCCUGCAGCUGCACGCUGGUGUUGUGCCUGACCUGCUCUGGGCCGCCCACCACGCCUGUCCCCUGGACUGAGCCACCGCCCACACAUCAUGCCAGCCUGCCCAGUCUUCUAGGGCCAACACCAGUCUUCCUUCCUUCUGCUGAUCUGCAAGGGACUGGCUCCCUGGAUGCCUCCCAGCUGGGAGCCCUUGUCUGUUUACCCAUUCUUCCCUGUGGAUGAGCCUCUCCUCCCACCCACACCUCAGAGCUCCAGCUUCUUUCCCUGCCUUCAUCCAGGGCACUGUCGUCCUGUGCAGGCUAGAAGGAAACUGGUCCUUCUCUGGGCCUCAGUUUACCCUCUGUGACCUGUGAGGGUUGGGCCAGAGGGACGCUGGUGUUAGUCUUGCUCUGACGGCUAGAGUCCUGCCAGCCCAGAGCCGUAGCCCCACCCUGCCCUUCCUCGGACCCUCAUGUAAGGUACCUUGUGGGUGGCUGGCCUGGCCACCAGCCCAUGUUUCCUGACCUUCAUCUUCUGGCCCUGCAUGCCAGCUCUCCCAGCACCUGAGGCUCACCCACCUCUUUUCCCUUCUAUACAGACUGGAGUGAGAGGUUUGGGCAGCAGGACUAUCCCCUUAUUCUAGGACCAUGGGGCAGAAGGACUGCUGCUGCUUUUUCCAGGCAACUGGCACAGAUGUAAAGAGCUGAGUGGCCCUGGACCACUGGGCUGGGGGCCCACCCUCCACCUUGAGUGCCAUGUUCUGACGGCUCAACCUGCCACCGGGGACAUGCCUGCUCAGGAAAUCUCUGUUCCACACAGCAUGGGGCUCCCAGCUGUAAUCUGUUGGCCUGGGCCCUGCAGCAGGGCUCAGCCUCAGCCCAUCCCAGGGCCCUCAGAUCCUGGGCGACGUCAAUAAAGUGGGCAGGAAGUACUGUGUUGCCAUGCAAGCAAGCUUGGGUACUCCCAAGACUCAGAUACUUUUUAUUACAUGGCCAGUCAGAAGCGACUACGGGAGUUCCCAGAGGGACCCCAGCCUCCAGGAGGAUGGGGAAGGAGCUAAAAGGUUAAAAGAACCAAAGCUGAAAUGGGCUCAGGUUGGGCCCAGUGAGUCCUCAAAUAGGCUGAGAAGGUUCCGAGGCUCAAAGGAAGGGAAAGAGCCCUGAGGGGGCUCACAGUCAAUGUCACUUAGGUCCAGGGAAUCCCUGGGGAAAAAGAGAGACAAAUGACACUCAGGAUUCAAAAGGACUCCCCCCACUCCCUACCUCUGACCCUGGGCCUACUCACCUCAGUGUGUGCCUGCUCUGGGGGGUUGAGGAGGUGCUCCUGGCAGCCCUGGCCAGGAUGGCCUCUGGAGAGAGCGAGGGCCUGCACGGGGUGGGUGAAACAAGCAGGGUGUCAAGUGGUGGGGAGUGCACGGGGAGGAGGCUUGGGGACAACA